CCGGCCCUGUGCCCCAUGGGUUUGUCUCUGCCCAGGGAGAAGGGGCUGAUUCUCUGCUUGUGGCGAAAGUUCUGCAGAUGGUUCCAGAGACAGGAGUUGUGGACUCAGAGCCGGGACGAACUGAACCUGCAGCAGCAGCAGAGAAUCUGGGAGUCCCCCCUCCUUCUUGCUGCCAAAGAGAAUGACGUCCAGGCACUCCAUAAGCUGUUGCAGUACGAGACGUGUGAGGUGCAUCAAAGAGGGGCCCUGGGAGAGACAGCGCUGCACGUUGCAGCCCUCUACGACAACCUGGAGGCUGCCCUCUUGCUCAUGGACACUGCACCAGAGCUGGUCUUUGAGCCCAUGAUGUCAGAGCUCUACGAGGGUCAGACGGCCCUGCACAUGGCCAUCGUGAACCAGAACGUGAACCUGGUGCGCGCCCUGCUCGCCCACGGUGCCAGCGUCUCAGCCAGAGCCACUGGCAGCGCCUUCCACUACAGCCCCCGCAACCUCAUCUACUUCGGUGAACACCCCCUGUCCUUCGCCGCCUGUGUGGGCAAUGAGGAGAUCGUGAGGCUACUCCUGGAGCACGGGGCUGACCUUCGUGCCCAGGACGCUCUGGGCAACACGGUGCUGCACAUCCUCACACUGCAGCCCAACAAGACCUUUGCCUGCCAGAUGUACAACCUGCUCCUGUCCUAUGACAGACUGGGCGGCCAGCUGCAGCCUCUGGACCUCGUGUGCAACCACCAGGGCCUCACUCCCUUCAAGAUGGCAGGCGUGGAGGGCAACACAGUGAUGUUCCAGCAUCUGCUGCAGAAACGGAAGCAUGUCCAGUGGACAUAUGGGCCACUGACGUCCACCCUGUAUGACCUCACGGAGAUUGAUUCCUCAGGGGACGAGCCCUCCCUGCUGGAACUCAUUGUGACAACCAAGAAGCGAGAGGCACGCCAGAUCCUGGACCAGACACCAGUGAAGGAGCUGGUAAGCCUCAAGUGGAAACGAUAUGGGCGGCCAUACUUCUGCAUGCUGGGUGUCGUCUACCUGCUCUAUAUCGUCUGCUUCACCGUGUGCUGCGUCUACCGGCCCUUGAAGCCAAGAACCAGCAACCGCACCAGUCCCCGGGACACCACCAUCUUGCAACAGAAGACUCUGCAGGAGGCCUAUGGGACCCCCAGGGAUGACAUCCGGCUGGUGGGUGAGCUGGUGAUAGUGGUAGGUGCGAUCAUCAUCUUGCUGGUAGAGAUCCCUGACAUCUUCAGAUUGGGUGUCACCCGCUUCUUUGGACACACCAUCCUUGGAGGGCCGUUUCAUGUUCUCAUCAUCACUUAUGCCUGCAUGGUGCUGGUGACCAUGGUGAUGCGGCUCUCCAAUGCCAACGGUGAGGUGGUGCCCAUGUCUAUCGCGCUGGUGCUAGGCUGGUGCAAUGUCAUGUACUUUGCCCGAGGAUUCCAGAUGUUGGGACCCUUCACCAUUAUGAUUCAGAAGAUGAUUUUUGGGGACCUGAUGAGGUUCUGCUGGCUGAUGGCUGUGGUCAUCCUGGGCUUUGCUUCGGCCUUCUAUAUCAUCUUCCAGACAGAAGACCCUGAGGAUCUGGGCCACUUCUAUGACUACCCCAUGGCCCUGUUCAGCACCUUUGAGCUGUUCCUCACCAUCAUUGACGGGCCGGCCAACUAUGAUGUGGACCUGCCUUUCAUGUACAGCAUCACCUAUGCUGCUUUUGCCAUCAUUGCCACACUGCUCAUGCUCAACCUCCUCAUCGCCAUGAUGGGUGACACCCACUGGCGAGUGGCUCACGAGCGCGACGAGCUCUGGAGAGCGCAGGUGGUGGCUACCACGGUUAUGCUGGAGCGGAAGCUACCCCGUUUUCUGUGGCCUCGCUCAGGCAUCUGUGGACGAGAGUAUGGAUUGGGUGACCGCUGGUUCCUGAGGGUGGAGGACAGGCAGGAUCUGAACCGGCAGCGGAUCCAGCGAUAUGCACAGGCCUUCAACCCCCUGAGCUCGGACAAUGCAGACAAGGACAUGGACAAGCCACAGUCGGGUUGGCCUUUGGGCGCCCAUCUAUCCCUUCCUACCCCUUCGGUGUCCCGAAGCACCUCCCGUAGCAGCACCAACUGGGAGCGUCUGCGACAGGGGACACUAAGGAGAGACAUGCGGGGUGUGGUCAACAGGGCCCUGGAGGCCUGGGAGGCCUGGGAGUACCAGAUCUGA